UGCCGGGGGCUCACCUGGGGAGAGCACCACCCCUUGCCGCAGAGCGCUGCUCGGGUGCUGGGGCAGCGGGGCCUGCGCUGGGCUGGGUGCCUCCGUGGGGAACGUGGUCUUGGCAAUGUCUGGGGGCAGAGGAGAUGCUCUUGGAACUGAGCAAGGGUGGGAGUCCUCCUGGACCCACCAAGACAUACUGCCAGGCCCCCCUCGGUGCGUCGGCACCAAGCGACAGUGAAACAGUGGCCUCCUCUCCUGCCCCCGCGAGUGUCUGGCCACGGGCCGUGUGGCUGUGAUGUGGCCCCUCCUGAGGACAGGAGGAGAAGACUUCUAUGGAAACACCUCCCCCCACAGCAGGGUGCAGGGGACCCGCUGCCAUCACCUGGGGGCGCUGGGGCUUGGAUCAGAAGCUCCCAGGACAGUGGCCCCGCUUGGUCUAGCUGGGGCCGCAGGUGUGGGGAGCGUGCCCCUGUGCAGGUCCUGUAGCACGACCUGGUAGAACCUCCCACUAAAGGCCUCAAACCCUGCAUUUCUGUGGCCAUCCUGGCAGGACCCACCUGGCAAGCUGGGGACCCGUGGGGACAUGAGGUCAGGAAAGGUGCUCAGGGCCGAGGAGGAGACCCGGGGCCCCGAGAUGCUGAGGAGUGAAAAGCUCUCCAUACUCGGACUGUUGCCGGGCACACGGUCACACGCCUGCCCCAGGGGGCUCCGGGGUUGUCCGGGCGACCAGCAUUCUGAGCACAGGUGACCUCACAAGUAGGCCCCAGCAUUCCACCUCGGCCGGCUCACCCUCAUGGUCUGUGGCAAGAAAGACUAACCUUUGUAGCGACGUGCCACCUGUGGCUCCUCGCAGCCGCCUUGAUGGAGGGUCCCGGCGCGAGGGGCACGCUGGCCACUCGGUUCCUUCAUUACGUUUGUGUCACUGUCGCCCCAGCUCUGGGAACCUCUGUCCUCUGAGAUCCUCCCUGCUCUUCUCCAUCACCUGCUCGACCUCAGCCCGACCUCUGCCAGUGGUGUUCUGUCAUUUUAGUUUCUGGGUUUUUCCCCCAGUUUGGGUACAUUUUUUCCAUGUUCUUUGGAAAUAAUUCCAAACUUAUAAAAAGUUGCAAAAAUAAAAUUAGUACAAAGAACAUGCAUAGGCCCUGUCCCCAGAUUCUCCUAACGCUACCGUUUCCCCCCGUUCUAUGGCCCCUCCCUCCCUCUGUGCAGGGCUCGCUCUUUCCUGAGCUGCUGGAAGGCCGCUCGCCCACACAAAGCCGCUUUGUGCUCUAAUACUUCAGUGCCGUCUCCUAGGGGAGGGGAGGUGGUUAAGUGGGGGUGCCGUCUGCUUCAGCAAACGGCCGGCUUACUCCACACUGCUCACUGCGAGCAGCCUGGCCCGCGCGGGCCAUGGAGGGUGAGGGGACAGGGCCUCUUGCAGGUCAGCUGGAGGCACCCCUUCUAGACAGUUGUGAAGGGUGGCAACUUGGUGCGUAGCCCCUGGCGCGUACCGCACUUUAGAUCUCAAAUGGGCACAUUUGUGCCAAGGACGCGCCCCCGCUCUGGGAGCAGCAGGGAAUAUGGGCGUGCCCGGGCCUCUGUGGCUGCCCGAGCCGCCGUCCCGUCUGUGGUCGUGCUCGGGACCGACUGUCUGCAGGACGGUGCGAUUCAGUGAGCCUCACCAGGGCCUGGGAACCGGUGGGCUGGGAGCUGGUGCCGGCACCUGGGCCAGCGUGUCAUCUCACUCCACCCUCAGCCCCAUGUGGCACCUGCCCUGGCUCCCUGGCCCCUGUGUUAAUUCAGACAGUUGGCACAGACGACCCUCCUGGUCUGGAAUCCAGCGAUUUGCGUGUGGAAAAGAGACGGCCCGGUAAUGAGUGCUGCGCACGUGGCCAUAGGACGUGGCGGUUGAUCUGCCGCCGUGGCUGGAGCUCAGAGGCUGGUGUGAAGCAGCUGUGGGGCGGGCCCAGCGCCUGCUGCUCGGGUGGUUGAACACGGCUGUUCUGUUUAGUUGUUGAAAAGCUGACGGGGAGCUGGCCCCAAGGCCUGUGAUAGCUGCGGGGCCUCGGUCUCCUUCCUCUGCCUGGGGGUGGCCCUGCUGGAGGCCCAGGCAGGAGGGCACGCGCAUGUGGUCCGUCUGCAUAAACUCUCUCUCUUGUUUGCUCCCCACCUGCUUUCUGAGCCCUUUCUCGGUCGCACAGUGGGCCACAGCAUGUUUGAGAAUCUGAACGCGUCCCUCCCACCGAAGCCGCAGGCCAGCCACUCUGGGCCCCAGGCAUCCCGGUCGGGGCCCCUGGGGCCCGUGGAGCCGGGCGGGCCGGGCCUCUGGGUGGGCAGCAGCCAGCACCUCCGGAACCUGGGCAAAGCCGUGGGCGCCAAGGUGAACGACUUCCUGCGGAGGAGGGAGCCCUGGGGCCUGGGCGGCGUGGGCGCCAUGGAGGUCAACAGGACGGCCGAGGCCCAGCUGGCCGGCGCGCCCGGCGGGGAGGACGACGGGCCGGCCCUGCCAGAAGCCGUCCCUCGGCUGGACCCGCCGCCACCCACAACCCGGAAGCGAACGCCCCGGGCGCUGAAGACCACACAGGACAUGCUGAUCUCGGCCCAGCCCGUGCUGAGCAGCCUGGAGUGCUCCCCGCCCCCUGCCCAGCCCGGCCCAGCGGAGGCUCCACCGCCAGAGGCCACUGUGGACGUGGCCCUGCCCAACGGCGAGGCGUCCCUGUCGGUGCCUGACUUGAUCCACCCGGAUGGCUCGGGCGAGCCCAGGCUGAAGGGUGCCCAGUGCAGGAGGGUCUCCCCGCCCGGCCCCACCGAGAGCAGCGGACUCCAGCCCAGCCUCAGCCCUGGCCACCCGGCUGAGCUGCCACAGGACAGCAGCCCCUGCCCCGGAGCGCGGACCUGCAGCCUGGACAGUGAGGGGCCGCACCCUGACCUGCUGUCCUUUGAGUAGAGCCCCUGCACUCUUCUCCACCCUCACCCCCAGCUCCACGCACCCCCACCCUCAGCCCCCCACAGCCCCAGCAGAGCCCCACAUCUUAGGAAAAGGGUGGAGAUGGGCUGGCCCUGACCUCAGUCCUGUGGGCCCUCUGCUGCUGGCUGAGCCAGUGGACACAGCCACUGGCCCUGGGGGAAGGACUGGGGGCAUUCUCCCUGUCUAUGCCACACACACCUAGACCCCCACACUCCACUCUCCUGCCUCGGGAUCGGGGCUGGUCAGGAGUCGGGCUGGGUCAGGAAUGAUGGGUUUGGCUUGAUGAUGGGACGAGACCCGGAGAGCCGGCCUCUGACCGCAGCUCCGCCAGGUCACUCCUGUCCCAAGUCAGUGCAGGCCCCUGCUGUCCCAUCUCAGGGGAGGAAGGUUGCAGAGCUGUCCUGGGAAUUUUCUAGAGAUUUUAUAUUUAUAUUAGAGGCCCGGUGCACAAAUUCGUGCAUGGGUGGGGUCCCUCUGCCUGGCCAGCGAUCGGGCUGAUUGGGCCAUCUUGCCCAGUCCAGAAUUUGGGGCCGGCCAGGGGGAGAGGCCACAGGAGGUUGGCUGUGGGGUGCACUGACCACCAGGGGGCAGCUCCUGCAUUGGGCAUCUGCCCCCUGGUGGUCAGUGCAUGUCACAGCUACUGGCCAGUCAUCCGGUCGUCAGGUCGUAAUGGUCACUUAGGCUUUUAUAUAUAUAAAUUUUUAGUAAUUUUCUGGUAGAGGACGAUGAUAAUAAAAUGAUCUGUUUGGUUUU